AUGCCUCCUCCUGGAGUUUCUCACCGUUCUGGUGAAGUUUGCAGGCUUCGCAAAGCUCUCUAUGGACUCAAACAGGCGCCACGUGCUUGGUUUGCGAAGUUCUCCAUGGUGAUUACCUCACUUGGCUUUCGUUCCAGUAAUCAUGAUUUAGCUUUAUUUGUCAAGAGUACGCGUACAGGUCGUAUACUUUUGUCUUUAUAUGUGGAUGACAUGAUUAUUACCGGUGAUGAUUUUAAUGGAAUUGAGUCCUUGAAGUUUGAAUUAGCUCAUUGUUUCGCUAUGAAAGACUUGGGAUCAUUACGCUAUUUUCUGGGGAUCGAGAUUGCCUCUUCACCUAAAGGCUAUCUUUUGUCUCAGUCAAAGUACAUAGCUGAUCUAUUUGAGCGUGCACAUCUCACUGACAACAGGGUAGUUGAUACUCCUCUUGAGACUAAUGCUAGGUACUCUCCUUCAGAUGGUUCUCCUUUGCCUGAUCCUAAUCUCUACCGUACAGUUGUGGGAAGCUUGGUGUAUCUCACUGUGACUCGUCCUGAUAUUGCAUAUGCUGUACAUGUGGUUAGUCAGUUUGUCACUGCACCGACCACAGUUCAUUGGGCUGCUGUUCUUCGCAUUCUUCAGUAUCUUCGAGGAACUCAGUUUCAGAGUCUUUUAUUCCCUUCUACUUCCUCGUUAGAACUUUGUGCAUAUUCUGAUGCUGAUUGGGCGGGUGAUCUUACGGAUCGUAAGUCGACCACCGGCUUCUGUAUUUUUCUUGGAGAUUCUCUUAUCUCUUGGAAGAGCAAGAAGCAAGAUGUUAUUUCUAGAUCCUCCAUAGAAGCUGAGUAUCGUGCCAUGGCUACCGCCACUUGUGAGAUUGUUUGGCUACGUUGGUUGCUUGCAGAUAUAGGAGUUUUUCUUCAAAAACCUACUGCUCUUCAUUGUGAUAAUCAGAGUGUCAUUCAGAUUGCGCGCAAUACAGUUUUUCAUGAGAGAACGAAGCAUAUUGAGAUAGAUUAUAGCUGA